AUGAGUCUUUUUGUAAAGGCUCGCAUGGAGAGAAAGGUUGAUAUGAAAGGAGUCUUGAAUAGGACCUCAAAUAAAUUUGAGGCGUUAUAUAGAGAAGUUGCAGGCAGACUUUCCUCGAUUGAAAUCUCACUUGCUUCACGAAAAAAAAUAUUUUUUGAUAAGAUGAAACUCGCUGUGUUGAUAAAAGAUUCACCCAAUCGUGUUCUUAAAGAAUGGAGAUAUUUAUGUGAUGAACAGAGAAAAGAGCUCAUUGUAUAUGGAUGGACACUUGCAGGUUUAGACAUAUCUUUGUAUGCCAUGGAUUGGGCUGGAGAUGGCAUAUGCCGUUUCGGGAGAAUUGAUUGUUUUUCAUAG